UAAAAUGGCCGCCGUAUAAUGGGAUUUCUCUCAUUUACGUAGGACAAAAAAAUGCUUUCUUUAUUUUAUUAAUAGUAAUAUCAAACGCUUACUUAAUUACAGUUUCAACUUAAUUACAACUCUCCUCAAGUGAUAUUAACACCAUAAAUUGUUGCCAUUAAAGAUUGUGUGACAGUCAAACAUGUCUGAUGAACAAGGUACAUCACAAGAAGCAUUGUCUGAGUUUAAAGACGGAAGUAAUUUAGAAAUUGUUGAAAUUCAAUGUGAAAAGGAUCUUCAAGAGGAAACUCCAGUUGUAUAUGACGAAAAUAGCGAUUACCAAAAUGUUUCUUGUAUGCAAAUUGUUGACGAAUCGGGGAAGAGCAAUGUGCUGGAUUUGCUGAAUAUGACCCUCAUCAAAUGUUACACCGCCGAAGGUGAAUCCUAUCGUUUGGUGUCGAGCAAUUCUGAGUGUGAUGACUCGGAGACGGUGACGUGUAUAUUGUCAAACGAAGAAGACGAUCAAGAACAAUUUGUGGUUGUGGACGAAAAUAAUAUAUAUCUACAAGCCGAAUAUGCUGAAAACGAAGAAAAUCCAAAAACAGAGACCGUGAACCAGCAACCGAGCCCGCAAUGGAUAUUGGAAAAGGCGAAAGCGUAUCAGCAAUCGAAGACACUUCUAGCCAGCCUUCAAAGGCGUCAACGUAAAGGCCGCAGACGCAAAGGUGAACUACCACCUGCGCACGAGUUACUAACAUCACCGACUUUCAAACUGUAUCUGUAUUCGUGUAAAAUGUGCAAUUUUAAAUGUAAUGCGAUUAAAGAGCUGCAGGCGCAUCGGGCCGCUGAACAUAUUGGUGGCAAUUCAUACCGUGGUAGGAAUUCUACAAUAGCUCUGCAAUGUCCAAAGUGUCCAUACAGGGCACACACUCAUGGCCAGCUGUCAAAACACAUCAGUCAAAGUCACGUUAAACGCGAGACAUCUGUGACGUACAGCGAAGCGAUAAAUUUGGACACAGACGAAGUAAAUGCAGCCGAUGUGUUGGUAUGUGGUGCGUGCGGGUUCGAAUCCCCGUCGAAGGAGGUUUUCCGAACUCACAUACAGAAGGAGCAUGGCGCUAUGGCUUGUUAAUAAAUAAUUGUAAUACUGUCGUUUUAUUCGGUACAGUAACUACAAAUAACUAGUCUGCAGCUAUAUGUAUUGAAUGUUACAUAAUCUACACAAAACAUAACGGGUGUACCACAGGGCUCUAUUCGAGGGCCAAUAUUGUUGAAUAUAUUUGUAAAUGAUAUAGUUAUCUGUUUUAAGUAUUCCAAUGACUACUCAUUGGAAUACUUAAAACAAGUUUAUCUCAAGUUUAAUCGUGUAACUUCGAGGAUCGCAUGUUUUUAUCGUAAGUCGUGGCAGAAUACGAAAUUCCAAUCGAUGUCCAAUAAAACUCGGCUGCAGGUAUUAAUCCGAGCAUUCAGUGGUAAAUGCGGUGAAGUUAUCUGUUGUUGAUCCUGUCUCUACUGAAUUAUGUAUUUAUUGUGUGCAUGGAUUACUGUAAUAAACGAUCUAGGUGUUGAUAUGCCUUCGUGGAUAUAAAUUUUCCUUAAGUUUUAUUAAUUGUAAAUCGAUGUAUUUGUAAGAAAUAAAAAAAUUGUCAC